CGCCGUUGCAACAACGCACUCACCACCUGAGCAACAAUCGAGCAGCAAGCAGCCAGCAGAGCCAGCCAAUCUCCACGCACUAGAAUGAAGUUGUUCAUCGUUCUUCUGGCCGUCGCAGCCGCCACAGCGCUGCCUACUACCGAGCAGGAGGCCAACCAGCCCCAGGCUGCUGCCUCUGAGAUUCAGCUGGCUGAAGGCAUCACCGUGGUGCGCAAUGAGGAAGCCGAGGUGCAGGAAAAGGAAGGAGCCCCCCGUGCCAUUGACGAUUCCCUGAUCGGCCGCGCCGCUCGUUUCCUCCAGACCCACUCCCUGCACUUGGACCUGAAGGGCGCUGACGUUGUCGAUGCCGUCUCUGCUGUCGGCCGUGCUCUUAACGGCGAGGAGGUCGAGGAGGCCAGGAAGGGUGUCAAAGUCAAGAAAGCCGGCAAGCUGCUUGGACCCCUCCUGAUCGGAGUUCUGCUCAAGGCCGCCCUGCUCGCUCCUCUUGUUCUUGGUGCCAUCGCCCUGAUCGCCGGUAAGGCCCUGAUCAUCGGCAAGAUCGCUCUGCUGCUCUCCGCCGUGAUCGCCCUGAAGAAGCUCCUGGGAGGUCAGCACAAGGCCGUGACCUACGAGGUUGUGUCGCACCCUCACUCGUACAGCAGCCACGAUACCUACUCUGCUGGCAGCAGCAGCGGCGCAUCCAUCGCCGCCAGCUCGCCUGGAUCCUACUCCGGUGGUUCCUCCAGCGGAUGGGGACGCAGCUCCGACGCCCACCAGAUGGCAUACGGUGCCCAGAAGCCCUAAGGUUGCCAGGUUGUUGCUGAGCCAAUCAUAACAUUAGUAAUUUAUUAAGAAACCACCCUGUCGCUGCCGCCCUUCAACCACUUUCUCAACUCUUUCAAAUACUUCGACUGUCUCCUCCCGCUCCCUCUUCGUCUUCCCUCUGAUGAUUUUCGCAAAUACGGGUACAACAAUCGUUUGCCGCUCUCUAUCCCUUUCGAAUUUUAACUUAUUGUUUUGUUAAUUUAUUCCCGAUUAUGUGAGUGUUUUUUACGAAACGACUGACGACUCCAUAUAAAAAAACCGACUGCCACUCUUAUUCUGCCGCUCAUUUUCUCUCUCUCUCUAUCUUUCUCUCUUUUUCUCUAUCUUCCUUUUUCUUCUGAUUUACGCGACUACCAAAGCUAUUUUUACUCGAGAUGCCAAAUUUGCCUCGCGUGUAACCUGCUCAAUCGACUCGACCUCUCUUUCACAGCUCUUCUUAAUUUUAUAUGCCCCUACGCAUAGUGUCGUCCUCUCUAGUCUGAAUUUCUAUUUUUCAAUUUUCCACCGUGCCUUCCAAUCGUAGAAAUUAGUUCUUUAUUUUCCACCCUUCAAACGCCUUCUCUCUUCCACUUUUCCGUAAGAAAGACUGACUCUAGAGGUUUUCUGUGUUCUCUUUCCACAAACACACCGACUCGUGACUGUAGUGAGUUUAGAUCGAGACGCCAUGUGACACGACUCUUUUUUUACAAACUUGUUGUAAUUUAUGAAUAUAUCCAAUGGAGAUUACUUGUACCUAUCGACGAAAUUAAAUAAAAAUGCUCAAUCAAAAAAUAAAAAUCAAAGAAAA